AUGUCCCACGCAGAAACUCAUGAGCGCAUAUGUGCUUCUGAACAGGACUCAAAACAUGCCUACUUCAUGAAGCAAGCCCUCUUAAUGGGAGAAAGAGCCCUCGAGACUGGUGAAACACCAGUGGGAUGUGUUCUGGUAUAUGACAACAAAAUCGUUGGGUCUGGGAUGAAUGACACCAACAGGUCAAUGAAUGGUACGCGACAUGCCGAGUUCAUUGCUAUUAGUGAAAUGCUUCAGAGCUAUUCCCGGUCCGCAUUACGCUCCACGGACCUCUAUGUUACUGUCGAACCGUGUGUUAUGUGUGCCUCUGCGUUAAGGCAGUACCAAAUUAGAAAGGUUUAUUUUGGCUGCGGCAAUGAGCGGUUUGGUGGCACCGGGAGCAUUCUGUCAUUACAUGCUGAUAUUACGAAGGAUCCCCCUUACCCUGUACAAGGGGGGUUGUUCUACAAGGAAGCUAUCAUGCUGCUUCGGCGGUUCUAUAUACAGGAGAAUGAGAAAGCACCCAAACCCCGCCCCAAAAAGCACCGAGAACUUAAAACGGAAUUCACAACCAAUGUUGAGCCAUAUUGA